GUGCGUUUUGUGACAGUGUCUCGUUCACAUUCGUUCAUUCCGCUAGCAACACAGACAAUUAAAACAGAACUGCAUCAAAGAGCUAGGGUUCCGAAAACACAGAUCAAAGAAUCAAUCGAUGGCGAUGGCUGCUGCGAUGCGACGCGAAGGGAAGCGUUUGGCUCCUCUCAUGUCUUCCCAACCAAUCAACAACACUCUCCGAUCCACCCUCAUCUCUCCGUUAGAACAAACUUCAAUUGGAGGAGCUCGUUCAAUUUCCACUCAAAUUGUGAGAAAUCGUAUGAAGAGUGUGAAGAAUAUUCAGAAAAUUACUAAGGCUAUGAAGAUGGUUGCUGCAUCCAAACUAAGAGCUGUUCAAACUAGGGCUGAAAAUUCACGUGGUUUGUGGCAGCCAUUUACGGCUCUUCUUGGCGAUGCUAUAGCUGUUGAUGUCAAGAAGAAUGUUGUUAUUACCGUUUCUUCAGACAAAGGUCUUUGUGGUGGAAUCAACUCCACCUCUGUAAAGAUAAGCAGAGUGUUGAGCAAGUUGAAUUCUGGACCUGAUAAAGAGACCAAGUACGUCAUAUUGGGAGAGAAGGCUAAGGCUCAGUUGAUUCGUGACUCAAAGAAAGACAUUGCACUCAGCUUGACUGAGCUGCAAAAGAAUCCUCUAAAUUAUACUCAGGUGUCUGUCUUGGCUGAUGACAUUUUGAAGAAUGUGGAGUAUGAUGCACUUAGGAUUGUUUUCAACAAAUUUCAAUCGGUUGUGCAAUUUAUACCAACAGUGUCAACUGUGCUAUCCCCUGAGAUUGUUGAAAGAGAGGCUGAAGCUGGAGGAACACUCGGUGAACUGGAUUCCUAUGAGAUUGAAGGGGGUGAGACAAAAUCAGAAGUUCUUCAGAAUCUGUCUGAGUUUCAGUUUUCUUGUGUCAUGUUCAACGCGGUGUUGGAGAAUGCCUGCAGUGAGCAAGGAGCUAGGAUGUCUGCCAUGGACAGCUCUAGCAGGAAUGCCGGGGAUAUGCUUGACCGUCUGACCCUCACUUAUAACAGAACUCGUCAAGCAUCGAUCACCACCGAAUUGAUUGAGAUUAUCUCUGGAGCAUCAGCACUGACUGGUUAAAUUGCAAGACAGCAAUUUGUAUUAUAUUUGACAAUGACGAUAUUAAGAUAUAUCGGUCCAUUUCUUUUGAAAUUGUUGGUUCAACAUAUUUUUUUGUUUUGUUUUAGCCUUCUAUAAUAAUCGUGUCAACCCACCCUGGGGAUUUCUUGGUUGACCAGAUAUUUCUGGAAUUGUUUUUGAUGUUGAGGUGGAGCAUAUCAUUUUAACUCAUGAUUUUUCAUGAUAUUUUUAUUUCCAAUAACUAA